CUCCCCGCGCGCGUCACUUCCGCCGCGGUGCCUUGUGGGUAGCCGGCCGGGGUCUCCUGGCGACGACCAUGGCGGGGGAUGUGGGCGUUCGCAGCUGCACGGACUCGGAGCUGCUGCUGCACCCUGAGCUGCUGUCCCAGGAGUUCCUCCUCCUCACCCUGGAGCAGAAGAACAUAACUGUCGAAAACGAUGCAAGAGUGAACAAAGACAACCUGACUGACCUUUACGUCCAGCACGCCAUACCAUUGCCUCAGAGGGACUUGCCAAAGAAUAGAUGGGGGAAGAUGAUGGAAAAGAAGAGAGAACAGCAUGAAGUCAAAGUUGAGGCCAAAAGGAAUAGUGCUGUAGACGGAUUAAGGAAAAGACCCCUCAUUGUGUUCGAUGGGAGCUCAACCAGCACAAGCAUCAAAGUGAAAAAGACAGAGAAUGGAGCGGACGAGCGGCUCAAGCCUCCGGCCCAGACAGGCGCUGCCCGGGAUGCCUUUCGGAAAUUACCAAAUUCCUCUUCAAGGGUCUCACCCCUAGUUUUGUUUUCCGAUUUGCCUAUGAACAAUAAGAUGGAGCAGGAUAAUAAUGACACUAAACAGAACCAUGACUUAACACAUAGGAAAAGUCCUUCGGGUCCUAUGAAGUUACCGCCUCUGUCCCCUGUUGGAACUACUCCUGUGAAAUUAAAGCGGGCUGCUCCUAAGGAAGAGGCAGAGGCCAUGAAUCCCCUGAAGCCUCCAGAAACAAAGAGGAAGAUACAACAUGUUACAUGGCCGUGAAGGGAAGCCUCGGAAAUGUAAAUAGAGCUGCAGCCACAGUUUUCUGACGAGUCCACAGUGUUUACAGAGGUCCUGAUCACUGUGGGAUUUUCUUGAGGUUUAAAAUAGGUUUGGAAAAACAAAAGUCUUCCCUUCCUUUCCCUUCCUUAAAAUGUCUUGAUGUUCAUGUCCCAGUUAGGGAAGAAUUUUUUUAAAUAUAGCUUUGUACACAUCCUUUAUGAAUUGCUUUUCCCAAGCAGAAGCAUAUAGCAGUUCACAGUAUUGUGGUAAAUAAUUGCCACCUGUGUCGUGAAGGGCUCACCGAGAAAAGUGUGUUGGUGGCGUUGCUGAAAAAGCAUCCUGUUCUUGAG